UUCAUGAGUUUGUAAGAUUGGAUUCUGAAAUCGUAGUUCACUUGUUAUUUAUACAAUCUAUUUAACUGUUAAAGAAGAAUCAUCGAAAAAAUUAACUAGGCAAUUUGACACUUAGCAUUAAUAAAAAUAUGAUAAAUAAUAAGACAAAAAUUAGAAAUAUAUUAUUAAUAGGCAAUGCUGGUAAAGGAAAAUCUACUUUAGCAAAUGUCUUAACUGGAACUAACGAAUUUGAGGAAAGCACGGAUCCAAUUAAUGGAACUAGCAAAACAAAAGCUAAGGAAUUUGAACAUGAAAAAAUAAAAUAUCGGAUUAUUGAUACUGUAGGAAUCGGAAUUUCUAUCCAAUCAACAGAAGAAAUAUUAAAUAAAUUAAAAGGCAUAACUGAUAUUCUUAGUGAGGGUAUAAAUCGAAUAUUAUUCCUGACUAAUGGCCGUUUUACCAAAGAGGAGGUUGAAGCUUUUAAUUUACUAAGAAACGUUAUUUUUGAUGAUCGUGUAACUGAUUACACAACUAUUGUCUUCACUAAUUUUGCUAAAUUUAAAGAUGAAAAGGCAUGUGAAAAGAAUCGUCAAGGAUUUCAACAGGAAAUUGGAAAAAUUUCAAUGCCGCUUGCUUCAACUGCGAUUAUUUAUGUUGACAACCCACCAAUAAUAGGUUUUAUGGAGCCAGUGGCAAGAAUUUCACGAGAAGCAUCUCGCGAAGUAUUAUUAAACCACUUGAGAACCUGUCAGGAAGUUUACCAACCUGAGCCGCUUAAAAAAUUUCGUAAAAUGCUUGAUGAGUUCAAUUCAAUUAUUAAAGAUACUAUUGAAGCAGUUGAGAAUGUUGAUCUUUAUUAUAAAACCAAUAUCACCUAUUUAGGAGAAUUCAUCACUACACGAAGAGUAAUAAUCGAAAAUAUCGAAGAGCGCUUAGAAGAAGUAAGAAAAUAUAUGGGAAAUCGAUUUAAAAGUAGCGUUGUAAGUCAUUCUACUUUGUUAAUUGGUAAAGGUUUAUCAAUCUCGGGAAUAUGGUUCCCACCUCUCAUGGUGCCAGGUUUAGCACUAUCGACUAUCGGUUUUGUGAGUGCGGCUACUACUGAUAUUUCUGCAAUUUUAAAGGAAAAUGAAGCAUACAAAUCAUUCGAGGAAAGCCUUGCGAAAGACAAAGAAAAAUGCGAAAAUUUGGAAAUCUUACAAGAAGAGUUGAGAAACUUAAUUAAUAAAUUCAAAGACAUCCGUCCUCGCUUCGUGAUUUCAGAAUAUAGAAAACAGAAUAUUGACAGAAAUAAAAUUGAAGUGAUUGAGAAUGUGAUGAACCAAAUUCUGGGAGAAGAAAUUGAACCUGAUGUGGACUUAAAUAAUAACGAAAAAACUAAAUAUUCUACUAGUCAAGAAACAGUAAGAGCUGUUGUAGAAGGUAUAUGUAAACUUGCACCUUCUCCUUUAUCAUUUUAUUGUAUGUAUCGGGAUCAUAAGGAAACUAAAAACCGGGAUUCUUUGAGUGAUAUGGAAACGACAAUUAAAGAUUUUAGAGAAGGGUUAAAAGUUUUAGAAGAAAAACAACAACAACUUAAUGAGUUAUAUGAAACUAUUAAGCGGUGUAAAGAGAAAAUAGCAAAAUUAACAUAAAUAGUGUCAGUUAAAUGCGAUUAAUUUUGCUGAUAUGAAAAGAAAUUCUCAAUCAUAUAAAUAAUAAUAGCAUUUUUAUUUCUGACAGAUUGUAACGCUUUAUUAUUUUACGAAAAUUAAUUGACAAUAUUAUUCUUUGGCCAACUG